GGGAGGAAUCAAGAUUACCAGAAAGCUAGCUAAGCUACCGUCUCGCACCUCUUCCAGCCUUUCAACAUACUUAUGACAGCAUUUGAUUCCCAGAUCCGUGGUCCCCACCUCCAUGUGCUUUGUUCUCAAUUGCUGCUCCUUCCUUUCCUUUCUACUUGCUCGACUGAUCUCAUCAAUUCCCAAGUUGCCAAGUCCAAGCUCUGCCUUUCUCUUGUCUUCCUUUCAAGCUUCUUUCUUUCUCUCUGUAUCGUUCUUCUGUUGCUGCUGCUGCUGCUUUUGGCUUUUUACUUUCUCCAGUUCAGUCCGACAUGAUUGCUCUAUGCAUCUAAUGCCUUGAAAAAAAAAAGAGUUGCAUCUCUUUGCUACAUUUUCCAAAAAAAAAAAAAGAAGAAAGAACUUUACAUUUCAGCUCUAUCAAGAUGAAGAAGAAAACCCAUGUUGGCUGCCGCUUCAAUCUUUUUGCCAUUGUUCUUGGAUUGACUUUAAUCUUCGUCUCUGUAAAAUCCCAGAAAAGUGCCAGUGAUGAUGCUGCAGUGAUGUUAGCUCUCAGGAAGACCCUCAACCCACCCGCAUCUCUCGGAUGGUCUGACGCGGAUCCCUGCAAAUGGAGCCACGUUGUCUGCUCAGAGGACAAGCGGGUCACCCGGAUCCAAAUUGGUCACCAGAACCUGCAAGGUACACUUCCUUCAAAUCUUCAGAACCUGACUGAACUAGAGCGUUUAGAGCUACAGUGGAACAACAUUUCAGGUUCCGUCCCUAGCUUAAACGGACUAAGCUCACUACAAGUGGUUAUGCUAAGUAAUAAUCGCUUCACUUCAUUUCCCGAUGAUUUCUUUUCUGGCUUAUCUUCUCUUCAAUCUGUGGAGAUUGAUGACAACCCUUUUUCUGCCUGGGAAAUCCCCCAUAGUUUGAAAAAUGCUUCUGCUUUGCGUAACUUCUCAGCCAACUCCGCUAACAUUAGCGGCAAAAUACCUGACAUUUUUGGACCUGAUGAGUUCCCAGGUCUAACCAUUUUGCAUUUGGCCUUCAAUAGUCUAGAAGGAGAGCUGCCCUCCAGCUUUUCUGGGUCACCAAUCCAGUCUUUAUGGGUUAAUGGGCAGGAAAGUAAUGGUAAACUUACUGGCAGCAUUGCUGUAAUACAGAACAUGACAUUCUUGAAAGAGGUUUGGUUGCAUUCCAAUUCAUUUUCCGGUCCUUUACCAGACUUCUCUGGUUUAAAAGACUUGCAGAGUUUGAGUUUGAGGGACAACUCCUAUACUGGGCCUGUUCCCAUUUCUCUGGUGAAUCUCGGGUCAUUAAAAACUGUAAAUUUGACAAAUAAUUUACUUCAAGGACCAAUGCCUGAGUUUAAGAAUUCCAUUUCUGUGGAUAUGGUUAAGGACUCGAAUAGCUUUUGUUUGCCAAGUCCUGGUGACUGUGAUCCGAGGGUGACUGUGUUGCUUUCUGUUGUGAAGCCGAUGGAUUAUCCACAAAAGCUUGCUGAAAAUUGGAAAGGGAAUGAUCCUUGUGCAGAUUGGCUUGGGAUUACCUGUAGUAAUGGGAACAUUACUGUUGUUAAUUUUGAGAAGAUGGGCCUUUCAGGUACCAUCUCUCCUGAUUUUGCAUCACUUAAGUCUUUGCAGAGGCUGAUUCUUGCUGAUAAUAAUCUUACUGGUUCCAUUCCGGAGGAGCUUACCUCUCUGGUUGCACUUAAAGAACUUGAUGUAUCAAACAAUCAACUUUAUGGGAAAAUCCCUACUUUCAAGAGCAAUGUCAUUUUGAAUAAAAAUGGUAAUCCUGACAUCGGCAAGGAGAAAAGUAGUUCUACUUCUCCAGGUUCAACAGCUGACAAUCCCAUGGAAGGCAAAGGAUCUAAUAGUAGUGGAAGUUCUGGUAACACUGGCAAGAAAUCUUCAGCUUUGAUUGGAAUAAUUGUAGUUUCUGUUCUUGGGGGUCUGGUAGUUGUUGGUUUGUUUGGUUUGUUGCUUUUCUGUCUUUACAAAAAGAAACAGAAACGGUUUAGCAGAGUACAGAGCCCAAAUGCAAUGGUGAUUCACCCACGUCAUUCUGGGUCAGAUAAUGAAAGUGUUAAAAUUACAGUUGCUGGCUCAAGUGUUAGUGUUGGUGCUGUGAGUGAAACUCAUACAAUUCCAAACAGUGAGCCUGGUGACAUGCAAAUGGUUGAAGCUGGAAACAUGGUUAUCUCUAUCCAAGUUUUAAGGAACGUGACCGACAAUUUCAGUGAAGAAAAUAUAUUGGGACAAGGGGGUUUUGGGGUCGUAUAUAAAGGUGAGUUGCAUGAUGGUACAAAGAUCGCUGUGAAGAGAAUGGAAUCUGGAGUUAUUAGUGGGAAGGGUUUAGCAGAAUUUAAGUCUGAGAUUGCUGUCUUGACAAAAGUUCGACACCGGCAUCUUGUUGCUCUUCUUGGGUAUUGCUUGGAUGGGAAUGAGAAGCUUCUUGUGUAUGAAUACAUGCCCCAAGGUACUGUUAGUAGACAUAUCUUUAACUGGGCAGAAGAAGGAUUAAAACCACUUGAAUGGACAAAAAGGUUGAUCAUUGCCUUAGACGUGGCAAGGGGUGUUGAAUAUCUUCAUGGUUUAGCCCAUCAAAGCUUUAUACAUAGAGACUUGAAGCCUUCAAACAUUCUACUUGGAGAUGAUAUGAGGGCUAAGGUAGCGGAUUUUGGUCUUGUGCGUCUUGCUCCUGAGGGUAAAGGCUCCAUUGAAACUAGAAUUGCUGGAACAUUUGGAUACCUGGCACCAGAAUAUGCAGUUACUGGACGAGUUACAACUAAAGUGGAUGUAUUUAGCUUUGGGGUGAUAUUGAUGGAGCUAAUCACAGGCAGAAGAGCACUUGAUGAAAGCCAACCUGAGGAAAGCAUGCACCUAGUUACAUGGUUCAAGAGAAUGCACAUAAACAAGGACUUAUUCCGCAAAGCCAUUGACCCCACAAUUGACCUCAUUGAGGAAACUCUUGCCAGUAUCAGCACUGUUGCUGAGUUGGCAGGUCAUUGCUGUGCAAGGGAGCCAUAUCAAAGGCCUGAUAUGGGUCAUGCUGUAAAUGUGCUCGCUUCUCUAGUGGAGCUUUGGAAACCAACUUAUCAAUGCUCUGAUGACAUAUAUGGGAUUGACCUUGAAAUGUCAUUGCCACAAGCACUAAAAAAGUGGCAAGCUUAUGAAGGCAGAAGCAAUUUGGAGUCUUCAUCUUCUUCACUUCUUCCCAGCUUAGACAACACUCAAACCAGCAUUCCUACGCGGCCUUAUGGAUUUGCUGAGUCAUUUACAUCAGCAGAUGGGAGAUAAGCAGUUGUAAAUUGUGGUAUUGGUGGCUCUGUAUGUCCAUUCUCAUUGCUUCUUGCUUCUUGUUAGUACACUUGUAGACUAAAUUAUUUUACCCCACAAUGUUGUAUUUUUCUUGGAAUAUGAUUUUCAAUGUUCUUCAGUUUGGAAGCUCCGGAGAGCAGCUAGGCAAAAUGUUCUCAAAGCAUAA